AAUAGUAAAAAUAAUAAUCAAAAGUACUGGAAGAAAUUAUUGUUUACAGAUUUACAUGUUUCAUCAAAAUCAUUAGAUAGAACAUUAAAUGUAUUAAAAAAAGUUAGAGAAUUAAGUUGCACCGAGCUUUUAGAUAACAAACCCACACCAGUUGUAUUUUUGGGUGAUUUUUGGCACCAAAGAGAUGUGCUACACGUUAGACAUAUAGAUCAUUUAUUAAAAGAAUUUGAAAGUUGGAAGCAAUCAGAUAUAGAAACUAUUUUAAUUCCGGGUAAUCACGAUCAGGUUUCUAUUGAUGGUACUGUACAUGGUAUUCAACUAUUCUCAUUAUUUCCAAACUUCACCGUUGCAACUGAUCCUAUCAUUGAUAAAGAAAAUGGUUUAGCAUAUUUACCAUGGAGAGAAACUAAAGAGGACCAAACCAUGCUAUUUCACAAUCUAUCAAAGCAAUUACCCAAUCCAGAAUCCUCAAUACAUUCGAAAUGGACUGUUUUUGCACAUGCCGAGGCUAAAGGUGCAGUUGCCAAUGGUGGGUAUAGAUCAACAGGUAAGUUUGAUUUAGAUGGUGAUACAUCAUUUAUUAGAUCAUGCUAUUUGGGUCACUAUCAUAAACGUCAGCAAAUUUCAAAAAAUUAUUGGUAUAUUGGAAGUCCAUACGAACAAAACUAUGGUGAAAUGAACGAACCACACGGUGUUGCAUUUGUGGACUCUAAUAGAAUUCAACCUUAUUUUGUAGAUUUCGACGAUUUACCAAAACAUCACAAAUUAAUUUUCCCAUUCGAUACCAGUAAACUCAAUUUAAUUAAAUCAAAUGACUUUGUAGAGAUUAAAGCAACAAAAGAAAUGAUGAGAUCAAAAGAAUUUGUUGAAACUAUAGAUAUGUUACCAAAAUCAAUUGAUCUAAGAAGGGUUCUAAUUAAUGAUACACAAUUUUGUAUCAAUCAAAAUGAAACCGUUCAAGGAAAUAAUGAGGCUAUAAAAGAAACAACUCAGAAAGAUGAAACCACCAAAAAUAAAUUUAAACUAGAUGAUUUUUUAGAAACCUAUAUUAAAAAGAAUGAAGGUAAUGGAUUGGAUAAAAAUGAACUAUUGUAUUUGGGUAAAAACAUUUUGUCAUCAGUCAAAGAACCAACCAUUGUACCAUUGGGAAGAAAAGUUCAGAUUCAAAAUAUCAAAGUAAAUAACUUUUGUGGUAUCUCAAAUGAAUUGGAGCUGAAUUUAAAAGAUGAAGAAAUGUUAAAUAAAAUGAUUUUAAUUCGUGGCCAAAUGGGCACUGGUAAAUCAACAAUUUUUGAAGCUUUGGUUUGGUGCUUAUAUGGAAAUACUUCACCAAAAAAACAAUCAACAUCAAGCUCCAGUAUUAAGGGUGAUGAAGUUAUUAAUGACAGCUCCAAUAGUACUAGUGUUACUGUCGAGGUAUUGGUAGAUUCAAAACUAUAUCAAAUUAAAAGAACAAAAAAGAGGGGCAGCGGCGCUAAAAUUUCAAUUAAUGGUUUAGAGGAUCAACAAAUUAAACAAGGAGUUAUGGAUCAACAAAACUUAAUAAACAAUAUUAUCGGUUUGGACUAUGAAAGCUUUAGAAUGAGUAUUUAUCUAGGUCAAGGCUCCAUUUCAAAUUUUGUUACAGAUUCCGAUAAAAGAAAGAAAGAGUUACUCUCACGUAUUUUUUCAUUAGGUCUUUGUAUACCUGCAAAUAAAAUAGCUAAAGAACUUCGUAAGAAAAAAGAAAUAGAAAUUAAUGAACUUCAAAAGAGUUUAUAUUCAUUCGAAUCAUCACUAAAAACAUGGAGAUCAAUAGAUUAUUUAAAACAAUCAAAUGAGUGGGAAGAAAGUAAAAUUUCAAACAUCAACAAUUUAAUAAAUGAAAUUAAAAUCGAAAAAGAAAAAUUAGAAAAAUUAUCAAAUAAUCAAAUCAGUUAUAAUAGUAAUAAUAACGAACAACCUAUUAAGAUGGAUUUAUUAAAAAACAGCAAAGAAAUUAAAGAAUUCCUAAACUCGCUCGAAUUUAAAAAAGAACAAUUCUUUAAAGAGUUUAAUGAAUCCUCCAAUAAAACCAAUAAGAAACUAAACGAAAAUAAGUUUAAGCUUAGCCAAUUAGAGGUCAAUAUUAAACAAAACAAUGCAGAAUUGAAAUACUGGUUAGAUUAUAUCGAUAAACAAAAAUGCAACCAAUGUGGUCAAAAUAUUCCAGAUGAUUUAUUAGAAUCAAAUAGAAAAGAUGCAGAUACUAAAAUUUUAAAAUUCAAAGAGUCCAUAGAAAAACAACAGCAUCAAAUUUUUGACAUUGAACAUGAAAACGACGAACUUGUAGAUAAACUCAAAGAAAUUGAAAAGGAAUUCGAAAUAAAUAAAAAACUAAAUCAGCUUGAAAUACAAACAAAUCAAAUCACCUUACAAGAAAUUACUAAACAAUUGGAAGAGUUAUCAAAAAAUGAAAUAAAUAUAAACUUUUUAAAGCAAUCCAUUAGCGAUAAGGAAUCUAGAUUAAGCCAAUUAGAAAAUAACAAAGAUCCCUUUAAAGAGAAGGUUGAUGAAAAGGAAUUAAAUAUCAAUAGUUUAACAACUGAAGUUCAAAGUCUUAAUGAUAAACUAAAAGAAGCAGAAAUCAAAUUUAAAGAAUUAGAAUUUUGGGAGGAUGGUUUCAAUUCAAAUGGUUUACCCAUGCUGGCAUUGCAAAGUGUUGUAAAAGAGGUUGAAAGUUACGCAAACGAAUAUCUUUCAAAGCUUUCUAAAGGCCAACUAUUUACUUCUCUUUCUAUUCAAGAUGACGAACUAUCGAUUGACAUAUUCGAACUGGAUCCAGAAACCAAAUUAGCAAAACCUCGUUCAUUUAACCAGUUAUCAGGUGGCCAAAGACGUUGUUUAGAGCUUUCAUACAGUCCAUUUGCUCUUAGUGAAGUUAUUUAUAAUCAUUCAGGUUCAAGAGUAACAUUUAUGGCAAUUGAUGAAUUAACAAAUCAUUUAGACUCCUCUGUAAAGCCAAUCAUUUGCGAUCUUAUGAGAAAUCUUCAAGAAAAAGAUUCAAUCUUUGUCAUCGAUCACGAUGUUAGUGUACAAAGCGAAUUCGAUCAUGUAUUUAAUUUAACAAAAGAAAAUAACAAAUUAAAAUUAAAUUUAUUAUAA